UAGAGCUUCCAUGUCUUCUCCACUCUCCUCUUGACGUAUCUAUAAACACACUCUCAUUACUACCCUCCUCUGUAUGAGAGGCUCUUGUUCUUGCAACUAAAUUUGCCUCUCAAAUAAUAAUGGGGAAACUAGGUAAGAUGCUAGACACUUUUUGUUUUUCUUCUUCUUCUUCUUCUUCUUCUUCUUCUGCUUCAUCAAGCACUUCUUGCUUCUGCAUAAGCUCCAUGGAUUAUGAUGAAGAUGAUGAGUUUGAGGCAAAGCCAUUGAUUGCAACUGAUGAUAGUCAUCAUAAUAAGCUAAGAUUGAAGGAUGUUGUCGCUGGAAAACAGACAUUGGCUUUUCAAUUGAAACCAAAGAUAGUGAUGUUGAGGGUAUCCAUGCAUUGCUAUGGAUGCGCCAAAAAAGUUGAGAAACAUAUCUCAAAGUUGGAAGGAGUGAGCUCAUACAAGGUGGAUCUAGAAACAAAAAUGGUAGUUGUUAUGGGAGACAUUCUUCCCUUUGAAGUGUUGCAAAGUGUCUCUAAGGUGAAAAAUGCUGAGCUUUGGAGUGAAAUGAAUGAAUAAGGAAGUUUUUUUUGGACACUACAUCCAUCUUCAGCAGAUUCAACAAACACAAAAGUAGUUCAUGAAGUAAUCUAGGAAUUCUCUUCUUUUCUGUAGCUCUUGUUCUUGUGACAUAUAAAGUGUAUAAUAUUAAUUAAUUAAUAUAAUAAUACUAAUAUUAACCCUUAUUAA